CUUUCAAUCGUAAACAAACAAACAAACAAAGCACUCGGAUUCAAUCAGAGUCAGCCCACAAAGUACACGCUCCCCCCCUCUCUCUCGUCUCCCAGUCAAAAUCCAUCACCAACCCCACUUUGUAUAUGCUCCGGUUUGUGAGGUUCUUAUCUUCAAACUCUCUCACAUCUUCCUUCUGAACCACUCUCUAUGUUCUUCUCACCACCAAAUCAAAUCUCUCUGCUUCAUCUACUUCCUCCCCAGAAUUUUCCCCUGGAUGUUUAUAGUUUUUGUCUGACAUCUUCAUCAUCCAUCAUUCAUCGAUUGUGUUAGACGUACCCAAAGGACUUUGAGUUUUGUUAUAUUCCUUCGAUUUUCCAGUUGUGGUUUGAGGCACUAUUUGUUCACAGUUUCAGUUAUAAAUCAUAGCUGAUUCUCCAGAAUUGAAGUGUUUGUGUGUUCAUAUAUUACAUAAAUGGUACUGAGAAUUUAGACUUGGAAUUCGGGUUUGAAUUUAUUUUCUGGAAACUGGAAAGCCAUGGCAAGAGGCAGAGAAGACUACGAGAAGAACAUGGGUUUGCUCAAACUCUUGCAGAUUCUCUCGUUCUUGAUAGUUUUUGUUAUGGGGGUCGUUAUAGGAUUAGCAACGAGGGCGCAUAUGAACCGGUAUUUUGGUUCCCAAACUGAGAAUUAUUCGCUUAUCAAUCACCUCUCCGCCAAUAAGCCGCACGAGGAGAAGAAUUGUACAACUGUGCCAGUUAGUGACAAGGUUGAUUGUAUGAGCAUGGAGACGUUUCUUCAGCCGAAGACUUUGACACACGGUUUGUCCGAUGAUGAGCUCUUUUGGAGAGCUUCAAUGGUGCCGAGAAAGCGAGAGUUUCCAUUCAAGAGAGUGCCUAAAGUGGCUUUCAUGUUUUUGACUAGAGGACCUUUGCCCUUGCUGCCAUUGUGGGAGAGGUUCUUUCAGGGCCAUGACAAGUAUUUCUCAAUUUACGUCCACGUGAUUCCGGGUUAUAAGCUCAAUGUAUCUACCACCUCUCCUUUUUAUCUACGCCAAAUCCCCAGUCAGCCGGUUUCAUGGGGGACACUAACGUUGCUUGAUGCAGAGAGGCGCCUUCUAGCGAAUGCCUUGCUUGACCUCUCAAAUGAGCGCUUUGUUCUUCUCUCGGAGAGCUGCAUCCCUAUCUAUAAUUUCACAACUGUCUACGAGUAUCUCGUUGGUUCAAACCAUAGCUAUGUCCAGUCAUACGAUGAUCCUGGGCGUUAUGGCCGUGGGCGUUACAGGCGCAAUAUGUUUCCCGAUAUUACACCGCGUCAGUGGAGGAAAGGGUCGCAGUGGUUUGAACUUAGCCGUGCGUUAUCUGUAUAUAUAGUUUCGGAAACAAAGUAUUACACAAUCUUCAGCAACUAUUGUUUGCCUGCAUGCUACCCGGAUGAGCAUUACCUGCCUACUUACAUCAACAUGCUCCAAGGCUCGCUGAAUUCGAAUCGGACUGUGACAUGGGUUGACUGGUCACUGCGAGGUCCGCACCCUACAACGUACGGAGGAGACAAUAUUACAGAAGAUUUCCUGCGGUGGAUAAGGAAUAAUGGAGCGCCGUGUCAGUACAAUGCGGAGAUGAAAUCCAUAUGUUACCUAUUUGCUCGGAAGUUUGCACCAACUGCAUUGGAGCCUCUGCUCAAGCUCGCCGCGGUGGUGAUGGAAUAUUGAGAAUUUCCGGCUUUUUCAGCGGAGAAUUUUGGUAGGACUCGAGUCGAUUUUGUCACAAAUGCAAAAAUGUACAGGCAGGUAGUUUUGGAUAUAGAGAUAUUAUUGAGUUGGUUCUCUCCGUCACUGAGUUGAGAGAAUGAGUUAGUUCUCAAAAUUCUGAAGGAAAUCAUCAAUAUAUUAUACAAAAGUUAUAGUUAAAUGUAUUUGGCUUGAAUUUUCUCCAAUGCACAUUAAUUGCGUAUUUAAGUUACACAGUGGAACAAAAAUCGUUAGAUUCAGUUAAAUCAAAUAAUUUAACCGUUUUGUUAUAACAAGACCAAUAAUAUCAAUCCAAUUUUUCUUGUGUAUUUAUAGUAAUUUCAUCCCAAAAAGUGACAGCAAACCAGCAUCCAUAGCGUACUGAUAAGAAUAUAUAACUUUUGUAGCUAAAUUAGUCAUACAGCUACCAUCUGUCUGUGAAAAAAAAAUAACAGAAACUAAAAUUUUAAGAAAAAAAAUGGAAGCUUUUUUCUCCUGCAAGGGACCAUGGUAGUAUCCAAUUCAAUCAAGGGUUUUUACAAAUCCAAAACUAUAAAAAAUUGAGAAACAAAUUAAAAGUUGAGAUCGAUGAACACCGUACUUAACGGUAAACACAGAGCUCUUGGAUGAACCCUCAGUUAAAAUUCUUUACCUUGUUGCAUAGCACGGCCCAAGAAGAACCAAACCAUUUGAAAAACUGAUAUUCCAAACAUAACAAAACUAAAUGAAACAUCAAACCUCAGAAAUCAUAAUGCUUCUAUACAGUGAAUGAUCUUUAUGAACCACAAAUCCUAAAAGCUUAUCACCGGAAGAUGGGAAUUACACAUUUCCAUUGGCCAAAGGAUGAUACACCCAACGUCAAACACCUCAUCAUGAUCAAACCAAACUAAACUUUCAUUCAAUUAAGUCUCGCACACUUUAUUAAGUUAAAAAGAAGAGUCCAAUUCUACCAAAACUACAUACAGAAACCGAGAACAAACAGUGGUGCAAACCUAGAUAAACGUCUAGAUCAACAUUAACAUUAGCCACAAACCUAGAUAAACCAACA